AUGGGGGAUCUACGAUAUCUCAAAAUCUACAACACUAAUUGUCCUCAAGAAUUUGAAGGUGACAUUAAACUAAACUUCCCUGAAGGACUCCAACUACCAUUGAAUGAAGUGCGAUAUCUCCACUGGUUGAAAUUCCCGUUAAAAGAAGUUCCAUCAGAUUUCAACCCGGAUAAUUUGGUUGACCUUAAGCUUCCUUACAGCGAGAUUGAACGAGUUUGGGAGCAUAACAUGGAUGCUCCAAAACUAAAAUGGGUCAACUUGAAUCAUUCAAGAAAGUUGAGCACUUUUUCGGGGUUAGGAAGGGCUCAAAAUCUUCAAGAAUUAAAUCUAGAAGGCUGCACGGGGUUGAAAACGUUGCAUGAGGAUAUGCAAAACAUGAAGUGUCUUGUUUAUUUGAACAUGAGAGGAUGCACAAGUCUCGAGUCUCUUCCACGGAUUAAAUUGAUAUCAUUGAAAACUCUCAUCCUUAGCGACUGCUCAAAGUUCAAAACCUUUCAGGUUAUUUCAGAUAAGCUAGAAGCUCUAUACUUGGAUGGCACUGCAAUAAAAGAACUUCCUUGUGACAUUCAGAUCCUCCAAAGACUCGUCUUAUUGAACAUGAAAGGCUGCAAGAAGCUUAAAAGGCUCCCUGACAAUCUUGGUGAGCUGAGAGCUCUUGAAGAACUUAUACUUUCUGGUUGUUCAAAGCUCAAAGAAAUUCCAGAAAGUGGGAAAAGUAUGAGCCGUUUAGAGAUUCUGCUUUUGGAUGAGACAACCAUAGAAGAGAUACCAAAGAUAUUUUCAGUGCGGCGUUUAUGCUUAAGCACGAAUGAAAAGACCAGCCACCUUCCGGAUAUAAUCAAUUAUUUUUCUCAACUACAAUGGCUUGAGUUGAACUCACUGAGAACAAUUGCCAAACCACUGGUUUGUGUUCCUGAAAUUUUGUUCUGCACUAGCUUUCCUGGAUGUGAAAUGCCUUCAUGGUUUUAUCAUGAAGCAAUUGGAUCUAUGGUGGAGUUUGAGUUGCCAUCACAUUGGAAUCACACUAGGCUUUCUGGUUUAGCUCUAUGUGUUGUUGUCUCAUUCCAUAACUGUCAAGAUCAUGCCAACUUGAAUGUCAAAUUCACCUGUGAGACAAAAACCAGAGAGAGCUCUUGCAACGGCAUUACAUGGAAGGAUGGAAGUUUGAUUAAACAAGACAAUGAAGUAGACGGGGUUGAGUCUGAUCAUGUCUUUAUUGGCUACACCAACUGUCUAGACUUCAUAAAACUUGCUGAAGGCCAGGACCCGCGUAAAUGUGCUCGGACCAAGGCAUCAUUUGAGUUUAGUGUGAUAAAUGGUACUGGUGGGGAAGCUGAUUUUGAAGUUCUAAAAUCCGGUUUCAGUUUUAUGUUUGAAUCUGAAUAG